UCGGCCAAAUUCAAAAAUUGGAUGUCAUCAUCCUUCUUUUCACAAGUUCGGCAAAGAGCACCACUCCUCCGAGGCUCUCCUCUCCUUGUCUUUGGCAUCUACUAGUAGUAGUACAAGCGAGUAGUAUUUCAGAAUGGCAACAUAUGUGAUUCGAUGUCGACUGGUGUGGCUAUCGCUGACAGUGGCCUUUUUGUUGGUUGCCUUGAUGGCGUCCAUGGCUUCUCCCGUGGUUGCUAUUGAUGUCGAUGGUGGAGUAGAAGACUCCUCCACUAUGACGUUACCAUCAGAUGGACACUUGAAUUCUCACGUCAUGAUGGACUCUACUACUACUGGGAGUAGUAGUAGUAGCACUGGUAGUAACGACUGUAAAUGCCGACAACACACACAACCUCCGCCGCAAUCCACCACUGAAACUACAACGGGCGCUCGCAUUUUUUACUUGGUAAUGGUACACAAUGUGUUUACACUCCAAGACGCGGUACGACUGUUUCGAGCACUCCGAGAUCCUCGCCACAGCAUUGUCUUUCACGUGGAUCGCAAAGUCCACGAUGCCAUUGACUCCGGUUUCCCGAAUAAUGCGACGGAGCUGCAAAAUGCACUGACAGCGCUGCAAGACGAGAUGGACUCGUGUCCGUGUGGCAGUCGCGUGUACAUGGAUUCCGUCCACACAGUCCAAUGGAGUCAUUGGAGUAUGAAUCUACCCACGCUGUGGGGCAUGCAAGUGGCAGUCACCAAUCCCUUGUUCCAAGACAAGUGGGAUGUGUUCAUCAACCUCAGUGGAGACACGUAUCCGGUCUACACUCCGGGUACAAUGGCACAAAUCUUUGGCCAUCUCCAAAAUUACAAUUUUGUCACGUCUCGAUCCUGUGAAACUGGUCUGAUCCCCACCAAUGUCUAUGCCUUUCCCAAACAUUGGCACAAACGGAAACAUUACACCAACAACGACAAUAGUCCACCACCCAUUAUUCACUACAAUGACAUUAGUAGUACUACUACUGUGAGUAGUAGUGGCAAGGGAACUCCCACCAGUGUCGAAAUCAACUACUAUUUUGGAAGUCAAUGGGUCGCCUUGCAACCCACAUUUGUCCGAUACCUCGUUACGGAAUUGGCACGCAAUGAUAGCUUUCCCAGUCGUUAUCGAGAUCACCUUUUAAAGACUGGAAAAGUCAUGACGGAUGAAACAUUUUUGCCCACGGUACUCAUGCAUACCCCGCCGUUCAACACCACCACAUUGCCACGGGUCCACGACGAGGAUGGUACUAUUGUCUAUGACAACAGUAACAAUGACAAUAACAAUCUACAACUCCCUCCCAUUCGCCAUUUGCGCUACGAACGCAUGGACGAACGCAUUCCAUCUCCAUUGCGAGGAUACUUUCCAAAACAUCCGCGUUACGAAGUGCCCCAGCAUCCUCCUCCCAAUAUGAUCCUUCCACCCGCACCCCAUACGUGGGGACCUUACUAUUUGGGAACGUAUGAUUUGGCCGAUAUUGCCGACAGUGGAGCACUCUUUAUCAGAAAAGUAUCCAGUCGCAUUGACGACAAUCUAUUUCAUCUAUUGCCCGUCGAUUCGUGGCAACAAAUUCCACGCAUUCAAUGGCCGACUGCGGGAAUACAAGUGUCGGCCGUGCCCAAUUGGCAAGACGAAAAACGACAAUUGAUGCAAAACGCCGUCCGGCAAGCAACAAAAGAAGGACAGGAAGUACCCACCAAUUUCAAACGAGAGUUGGGGCGGUUGCAAGCCGAACAUGAUACUGCCGCAGAGCAACAACAACCAGUGGAAGAAGAAGAAGAGUAUGAGACUGGUGAUUCCGACAAUUUGGAUCCUGAAUCAUCGUCUACAACACAGCCGCGGGGAAGAGUACAACGUGAAUUACAGGGGACAACCUCCUCCGAUAGCAACAAAAACGGCGACAAAGAAGGGGAAGACCUCUAGUGACACUAUCAACGAGAUACCGCUGAUGCCAUCUCUACACGCUAGACAAGACAGUCUGGGGUUGUGCCAGUGCCGUCGAUGUUGCCUAUUCGGUUCGACUAAACACCAACCAAUCAAUUCUCCAAGUGCUGCGUGGGAAAAGCACGGUACGCUGCAAGGGGAGCACAUGUGACGACACUGUAGGUAGCUCCCAAUCAAGCGACCAAGGGAAUUUAGCACGUUCCCAAUGACAACCAGGAAAAGCCCAAAAUGGCCAUUCAAGGUACUCCCCUUCGGUUUGGUUGAGACUUGUUACGGUAGUACCGUACAGUAAACAGAGUUGCCAUUUACUAGCACAGUUCCCGUAUGUAUUGCAGAGGCCACGCACAACUCAAUGUUUUUAUCAACAUUCCCUGGACAUCCAAAAAGUCCCUUGUCCCAGAAUAGCUACUGAGUAUAAUACUGUAAUGCAUAUUUUUAGCGAGGACGCAUUCAUCUGGCAAGCAAGUGUCUGUAUUGUUGUAGGUACAAUCUAGACUAAUAGUAAUAUUAUUAUAUUCACAACGCCA